AUGACGGAAAGUCAGCAGACAGACAAUCAUGAACCCGGCGGAUUUUUCCCUCCAGGAGCCCUCCCUUCACCUGCCCCCAGCAGCUUAUCUACCACGUCCGCGGCGGGACUGCCUCGUCCACGCGCAACACCGCUGCGGCCUGGAUCGAUCAAGGAGAAUAAUGUCAGAAGGUUCAUGGAGCGCCAGCUGCUUAGCAUAGGCGCUCGCGCAAUAAAAAGGUCGGCAGCCGACGAGCCAGGGAUUGUGCCCGGAUUCCGAUCUAUGGGCGAGCUAUGCAAAGAGCUGGACGUCAUCCUAAACCUUCUCUGGCAGACUGGCACCCCGAGCCUCCAGGUCCCGUACUUGUUGAACAUUGCCAACGAUCUCACCGACUGGCUGGAGUCUCUCAAGCCAGACCUGGCUCCGACCUUCUCCGCUCUGCAUAAACUGGACCACUUCUUUGCUAGCUUGGUGGCGGGGCGCGACGUCCUGACCGGAGAGGUGCUCCCUGGCUUCGAAUAUGGCCCGGCCAUGAGCCGCACUGACAUGGUCAGGUGCAGGAGCUUAGCGGAGCAGACGCGGGUACAGAUGGUAAACGUUAUGAGGCGAGCCUCCGAUCCGGAGGAAGAAGGGGAGGAAGAGGGAGAAGGAGAAGGCGGUACGACUUCGGUUGACGAUGCGGAGACGACGGACGGUGACACCACAAUGGAUGAUGGGGAUGGCAAAAAGUCUUGGAAAGAGAUCCUAAGCGAGGAAGAUGACGACGACGACCAGAUGGAUGUUGGCCGUGUCUAUGAGAAGACCCUGGUCGGGCUGGGGGCAGAGCUUGGUGACGGCCCACCCAUUGGCAUCAUCGUCUGA